CCACCUUAACAAAAAUGGUGAUGAUCCGUUUGCAGUAGCCACCAAUCAAUUCCUAAAUCUUUGCCCGAUCUACCUGGAAACGCGAGCUGGAACCCGCCAGUAAUUUCACUGGUCACAGAUGGCACCGCUUGAGACCCCGGUGGGGGGCUCUGAAAUUUUCGCUGAACAUUAGAGACAGUGACCCAUAAUUAUAAAGUCACUAAUGUCUCAUCUGGAUCACUGAGCUCAGCUAUCUCCUGCAUGUCGGUUGUCAGUAGAGGGAAAAUGCGCGCUGCUGCUUUAAACGGGGAGUGAGAGUCCUGCACGGCGGUAGCGGCGGCUCUAGGUCCGGUCUCCUCAGCUCCCCGCAGCCGCACAAUCAAAGCUUAGCUGCGGGAAGCUGCCCUUCUCGACAAUACGGGUAAGCCGUCCGUGGAGAGAGCUGUUUUUUUUUUUUUUUUUUUUAAUAAACACACUAACGUUGGCUGAUUUGUACGUAAUUGCAUACCAUUUCUGGUAAGUUAAAUAGACGCAUUUGUUAUUGAAUUUUUGCAACUUUGUUGCCGAGAUGGAUGUGGAAAUGAACACAUGUUAGAGUCGCGUUGAAUUAGCUGGACAUGCAGGAGUCUCCACGCAGCAUCACUCUGGAACGGUGACUCCUGUCAUGCACCGUUUGUUCAUCGGACCAGCCAGAUUCCUCACAAAAACCAUGCGGCACCGGCGGUAAAUGGAUUGGAAACCCGGAGCAUCGUGAAAUUAGUUGAAUUUCGGAAGGUUUCGGCCCUCCCAAUAACAGGUGGUUCUGUACGUUUAAAACAUAUAAUAGGAUGGGGAAUCAAGUCGAAAAACUGACUCAUUUAAGUUACGCAGAAGUUCCGACUGCGGACCCGAACGGGAUGGACGCUGAAGAGGACGCUUCGCGGAUCGGGGUCUCCUACAUCUUCUCAAACGAUGACGAGGAGCUGGAGGAUACUGUUGAUGGAAGAGAGAAGGAGCAGGUACAGGACGCAACGCAUUACGAUAAAAGCGAUGAGCUGGAAUAUGCAAUUUAUAACCGAAAUGAAUGCAUCUACGAGAAGAACCUUAAAAGCGCGGACAUGGUGACAUCUUCCCCAGAGAAUCUGUCCAACAAGUGCAGGCCGGGCGACUUGGUGGAGUUCGUGGCCACUAGCCAGUUCCCGCACUGGGUGGUGUACGUGGGGGACCUCAAGGUGGUCCAUUUGUACAGAGGCGAGAUUAAAAAUAGUUAUUUGACUGAUGCCAGCCACGGUAAAAGGGGGAGAAUUGUGAAUGAGCUUUAUAAAUACAAAGCUUUCCACCCCGAAGUGGUGGUUCGGAACGCCAUGGAGCAUGUCGGGGCCAGAGACCGAGAGCUGAGCUGGAGAAACUCCGAGUGCUUCGCCGCCUGGUGCCGGUUCGGUAAGCGGGAGUUCAAAACGGGAGGCGAGAUCAGAAUCGGAAAGCAGCCGUACCGGUUAAAAGUGAAACUGUCCGAGAAGAAGAGCCAGGUGCUGGAGUUUCAGAGUCUAGAGGAUCUGAUCGUGGAGAAGAGAAGGAUCGAGCAGAUCGGCAGGGCUGCGGUGAUUCGGGAGUAUGAGAGCAGGAGGGACGGCUUACAAUUAAAGGCGUCUCAUGAAGCACUCUCAUAAUGAUCUCAUGUUCCUAGUUGAAAAAACAAUUAAAAUAGAGAUAUUUUAUGACACGUAAUAUGUCACAUAAAUUCACGAUUUUAUUGACUAAUGAAAGAGUUAACAAUGAGCAGAAGUUGAUGUGGAGUAACACGGACGUUGCAGUCCCUGUUUGUCAGACGCUGCAGCGAUGGUUUUAUAAUGGAGAAUUAUGUCAUGCAGGUGUCAUGUGAUUUUUAUGACAUUAAUAUUCUGAGUAAAAAAAAAGCUUCACCAGAUAGUAAUUUACAGUCUCCUCUGGGUGGAAAUGUUUUUCAAAAGAACAUAACUCUUGUCUAGCAAGCCAAAA